AUGGCUAAACCCAAGAAGGCCGGCGACGUAAUAGGUAUCGACCUAGGUACGACAUUCUCCUGCGUCGCCGUCGCUCGCGACGGCAAGAUCGAAAUCAUAGCCAACGACCAAGGCAACAGAAUCACCCCUUCCGUCGUCGCCUUCACUACGUCCCCUGACUCCGAGCGCCUGAUCGGCGAAGGCGCCAAGAAUCAGGCUGCUCUCAACCCGCGCCGCACCAUCUUCGACGCCAAGCGCCUCAUCGGGAAAAAAUUCGACGACCCGGAGGUCCAGAGCGACCUCAAGUACCUGCCGUAUCCGGUGGUGAAAAACAGAGACGGGAAGCCCUGCGUCGAAAUCGAAGGAAACAGAACCAAUUCUUUCACCCCUGAAGAGAUCAGCGCUAUGGUGCUCGGGAAGAUGAAGGAAACCGCCGAGUCGUACCUCGGGAACCCAGUCAGCGGCGCGGUGGUGACGGUCCCGGCUUACUUCAACGACGCGCAGAGGAAAGCCACAAAAGACGCCGGCACCAUCGCCGGCCUCAACGUGCUGCGCAUCAUCAACGAGCCCAACGCCGCCGCACUGGCAUACGGCCUGAACAACAGAGCCAGGUUCAGGAACGUUUUGGUGUACGACCUUGGAGGGGGAACGUUCGAUGUGAGCGUGAUGCAGAUCGAGGACGGUGUGUUCGAGGUGCUGGCGACCGGCGGGGACACCCAUCUGGGCGGGGGAGAUUUCGACCAGAGGGUGAUGGAGUAUUUCAUCAAAUUAAUCAAGCGGAAGCACGACAAGGAUGUGGGCGGGAACCACAAGGCGCUAGGGAAGCUGCGGAAGGCGUGCGAGAGGGCCAAGAGGGCGCUGAGCAGCCAGACCCAGGUGGUGGUGGAGAUCGAUUCGUUCGUGGAAGGUAUGGAGCUCUCCGAGCCGCUGACCAGGGCGAGGUUCGAGGAUUUGAACCUGGAUCUGUUCAACGGGACGAUGGAGGUGGUCAGGGCGACAGUAGCAGACGCGAAGCUCAAGACGAGCGACAUUGCGGAGGUCGUGCUGGUGGGCGGGAGCACGAGGAUCCCCAGGCUGAGGGAGAUGCUAAAGGAGAUGUUCCACGGGAAGGAACCCAACAAAGGGGUGAACCCCGACGAAGCCGUGGCCUACGGUGCUGCCGUCCUGGGAGCCAAGCUCAGCGGCCAGACGGUUUCUCGACAUGGUAUCGUUGCCUUUCUUCGUCUUAUUCGUCUCAGUUUGGGAGUUAAGCUCUUGGGAGGUAAGAUGCGUGUGAUGAUCCCAAGAAAUACGGCUAUUCCAGCAAAAAUUUCCCGGGAAUUUUCGACUUCAGCAGACCAGUGCGGCUAUUCAGUUUUUCAGAUAUAUCAAGGUGAAAGACCCCUGACAGAGGAUUGUAUCGAGCUUGGAAGCUUUGUUCUUUCCGGCAUCACCCCUGCUCCAAGUGGAGUAUCAAGAUUGGAGAUCACCAUGGAGAUUGACGAGGAUGGAAUACUGAAGGUGACGGCCAGGGAGAAGAUCUCGUCGGCGAAAUCGGAAUCCCUCACCGUCACCGGAUACAGGGGAGGCCUGACGAAAACAGAGAUCGAGCGAAUGAUCGGAGAGGCGAAGGAGAUGGCGGAGGAUGACAAGGCAGCCAAGGCGCGCGUGGAUGCCUGGAAUCGGUUGGAGCGUUACAUCUAUGACGUCAAGAACGCCGUCCGCCGUGGUGGCGGCGGCGGUGGCGGUGAUCAGGUGAAAAUGGUGGAGGAAGCUUCACGGUGGAUGGAGGAUAACCAUGGCGCGACCAGAGAAGAGUACGAGAAGAAGGUGAAGGAGUUGAAGGAUGUUUGGGAUCCUGUUCUAGCCAAACUUAAGAAAUAA